GCCAAGGAGUCCCCGCCCAAGCGGGGCGCCGCGCCCGACUCCAAGGCUGCGGCGGCGGACAGCGCGGAGGAGGCGCCCCGAGCCGUCCCCCGCGAGCUCACGGUCAAGAGCAGCUCGCUGCUGCCGGAGAUCAAGCCCGAGCACAAGAGGGGGCCGCUCCCCCCGCACUGGGACGGCCGCGGAGAGCGGAGCAAGGAGCCGGGCAGAUCUGCUGGAGGCCCCGACGCGGACGGCUUGAGGCCCAGGAACCACUUCGGCGCCGGCAGGUCGACGGUGACCACUAAAGUGACCCUCCCUGCCAAGCCCAAAAAUGUGGAACUAAAUCUUAAAACUCCUAAGAAUCUUGACAGCUUGGGAAAUGAGCAUAAUCCAUUUAGCCAGCCAGUUCAUAAAGGAAACACUGCCACCAAAAUCUCCUUAUUUGAAAACAAACGGGCAAACAGCAACCCAAAACACACUGACAUUCGAGGCACAAGGAACACCCUUGCCUCUAAUAAAACAUUUGUUGGGAGGGCAAAGCUGAAUUUAGCCAAAAAACCCAAGGAAAUGGAGCAACCUGAGAAGAAAAUAAUGCCAAAUAGUCACCAGAAUGGUGUUCUGGUGAAGGAAAGCUCUGCAGAAACCAAAGUUACUCUCUGUGAAGAGGAGAUUCUCCCAGUGAGUGGAAGUCCCAGUGUAAGAGGAAGGGAAGGCGAGCCUACCGAGGACCAAGCUCUUGGUUCGCAGCUUAAACAGGGUGAUCAGGCAGAUGUUCAAGUAGAUGCUGACUGCCCUUCUGUACCACUGGCCACUGCUCUGAUUCCUGUCAAGGACCACAAACUCUUAGGACAGGACGACUCAAAGGCUGCCGACAGCAAAAGACUUAUACUUGAAAAUGUGACUGAAGCAGCACAAGACGUUCCUGCCAUUCUUGAUACCAGAGACUCACCAACAGCCACACCAAAGCCACAGGAUAAAUUUUCUGACUCACAGGCCCCCGCUGAGUCAUCGAAUGGGCCUCAUUCUCUGCCUGCAGCAGUUCCUGUGGAUAUGCCCAAAGAUGCAUGUGCUGAUGCUCCCAUAAGCAGUUUUCCAGGCACUGACCUAAGAGUAUCAGAAAACCACAGUGGAUGUCGUUUGCCUGCGUCUCAUCUGGAUAAUGAGAAAAUGCCCCCCUCCGAACUUGGGGGGGGAGGAGAAACAAGCCCUCUUUUGACCACAGAGCAGAGCCCAGAAGUUGUGGGAACUGCGAGUCCGUCCAAGGUCCUUGUCCAGGUCAGGUCCUUCGUCCUUCCCUUGGAGAGCACCCAGGACGUAAGCUGCCAGAUCAUCUCGGAUAGCUCUGAAGUUAGAGAAGUGCAGUUGCCAAGUUGUCACAAUAAUGAACUUGAAGUGGUUUCCGUUGCAAGCUGUGCUCCCCAGGAAGAGGAAGUACAGGGCAAUAAGAGCCCAUCACCCAAACACAUUCAUUGCAAAGAGGAACAGGUAGCAAAAUCUGGCCCACAAGUCAUGCCGCUGGAAUCAGAGAAAACUCUGCCUAUCCAGGCUCAGAGUCUGGGCGACAGGACACCCCCGAUGGUUGAAUCCAGCCCCACUCACUCCCCAGGUGGUGAAAAUCAUUUAGAAACUCCUCAAAGGCCAGAUCAAGAUGUCACGAAUGGCCAGGACAGCCCUGCCAGCCUUUUGAACGUUUCUGCUGGUAGCAGUGAUAGCGUACUUGAUACUUCUUCUGAUAUGGAGAAAUUCACGGAAAUUAUCAAAAAGAUGGACAGCACAGUUUGUGUGCCUCAGAAGAAAAAGAAGGCCAGGGUGCCAAACUCCCCUGCCCCUCACUUUGCCAUGCCUCCUAUUCAUGAGGACAAUUUAGAAAAGGUAUUUGAUCCCAACGUGUUUACCAUUGGUCUGGGGAAGAAAAAGGGAAGCCAGCCCGAAAUGUCACCAGCUCUACAGCUGAUGCAGAAUGUAGAUGCAAAAUCCACGCUGAGGUCCAAACGAAUGUCCACCGAACAGAGCAUCCUCUUCAAGUCCUUGCACGCUCACACCAACGGGAAAGAUGAACCUCUGGCGACUUCAGAAAUGAAUGACAAAGAGAGCAGGGAUGUCACAAAUGGUGGAGUGAAGAGAUCUAGGCUAGAAAGAAGUGCACUUUUCUCAAGCAUGUUAUCCUCUUUACCACAAGACAAAAUCUUUUCUCCCUCUGUAACGUCAGUCAAUGCUAUGACCACAACUUUCAGCUCUUCUCAGAACACUUCUCUUUCUCGGUCCUCUGCGUCACAGCCCGUGGCUGAGGGUGCCCCACCCUGCACGUCAGAUAAAGAACAGCCGAGCCUUCCGCCCAACAACUUAAAGGUCUUCAAUUUUGACUCGUCAAGUACAUCUCAUUCAGGCUUGAAAAGUCCAAGCUACAUGGAAAAAUACCUGCAAAAGGAGGAAACCAAAAAAGAUCUGGAUUCCCAAAGCAACCUACACUUGCCAGACAUUAAAUUUUCUGAAUUUUCAAAACUGAAGAACAGUGAUGAUGUGGAAAAGGCUAAUCACGUUGAUGGUGUGCUUAAACCGAACUUGCUGAACUAUGGGAACAGUGACACAGACUUCAUGGGCCUUUUCAAAUCCAGACGGCUUGACCCAAACCUUCCCUUUUCUGGAAUGCCAUUAUCAGAUCCAAUAACGCUUAGAGGAAGUGUCCAAAAUAAAAUCAACCCUCGACCUGGAAAGGUAGUGAUCUAUAGUGAACCAGAUGUCUCCGAGGAGUGUAUUGAAGUCUUCAGCGACAAUGAGGAUUGCAGCUCCUGGACCCUGUCUCCUGUGGUUCUUGUAAAAGUUGUUAGAGGAUGUUGGAUUUUGUAUGAGAAGCCAAAUUUUGAAGGGCACUCCAUCCCCUUAGAAGAAGGAGAAUUGGAACUCGCUGGUCUCUGGGGUAUAGACGAUAUUUUGGAAAGAAAAGAGGAAGAAGAGUCUCCUAAGCCUGUGGUGAUUGGUUCAAUCAGACAUGUGGUCCAGGAUUACAGAGUUAGUCACAUUGACUUAUUUACUGAACCAGAAGGGUUAGGAGUCAUAAGUUCCUACUUUGAUGACACUGAAGAGAUGCAGGGGUUUGGUGUAAUGCAGAAGACCUCUUCCAUGAAAGUACAUUGGGGCACAUGGCUGAUUUAUGAAGAACCCGGAUUUCUGGGUGUCCCAUUUAUCCUGGAGCCUGGCGAAUACCCUGACUUGUCCUUCUGGAAUACAGACGUAGCAUACAUUGGAUCCAUGCGGCCUCUGAAAAUGGGUGGUCGUAAAGUUGAAUUCCCUAUAGAUCCAAAGGUAAUUAUUUAUGAAAAGCCUUUCUUUGAGGGAAAAUGUGUGGAACUAGAAACAGAAAUGUGUAGUUUUAUCAUGGAAGGAAGCGAAGCAGAAGAAACCACUGGAGACGAACAUUUGCCGUUGACAUCGGUGGGCUCUAUGAAAGUUCUUAGAGGCAUUUGGGUUGCUUACGAAAAGUCUGGAUUUACAGGUCAUCAGUAUUUGCUUGAAGAAGGAGAAUACAAGGACUGGAAAGCCUGGGGAGGUUACAAUGGAGAGCUUCAGUCUUUACGACCUAUAUUAGGUGAUUUUUCAAAUGCUCACAUGAUAAUGUACAGUGAAAAACACUUUGGAUCCAAAGGUUCCAGUAUCGAUGUAUUAGGAAUUGUUGCUAAUUUAAUGGAGACCGGGUAUGGAGUGAAGACACAGUCCAUUAAUGUACUGAGUGGAGUAUGGGUAGCCUAUGAAAAUCCUGACUUCACAGGAGAACAGUAUAUACUGGAUAAAGGCCUUUAUACCAGUUUUGAGGACUGGGGAGGAAAAAAUUAUAAGAUCUCUUCUGUUCAACCCAUAUGUUUGGAUUCUUUCACUGGGCCAAGGAGACGAAAUCAGAUUCACUUGUUUUCGGAACCAGAGUUUCAAGGUCAAAGUCAAUGUUUUGAAGAAACAACAAGUCAAAUUGAUGAUUCCUUUUCUACCAAGUCUUGCAGAGUUUUAGGAGGCAGCUGGGUUGCGUACGACGGAGAACAUUUCUCAGGUAACCAGUACGUGCUGGAGGAAGGCCAUUACCCGUGCCUCUCCGCAAUGGGCUGCCUGCCGGGAGCGAGCGUGAAGUCCCUGCGGUUUAUAGAUGUUGAAUUGUCUGAACCAACAAUUAUUCUUUUCGAAAGAGAAGACUUCAAAGGAAAAAAGAUUGAACUUAACGCAGAAGCAGUCAACCUCCGAUCCCUAGGAUUCAACACGCAGAUACGCUCUGUUCAGGUGAUCGGUGGCAUAUGGGUUACUUAUGAAUAUGGCAAUUACCGGGGUCGGCAGUUCCUGCUGUCACCAGCAGAAGUACCUAACUGGUAUGAAUUCAGUGGCUGUCACCAAAUAGGUUCUCUACGACCUUUUAAUCAGAAACGAAUUUAUUUCAGACUUCGAAACAAAGCAACAGGGUUAUUCAUGUCAACCAACGGAAAUUUAGAGGACCUGAAGCUUCUCAGAAUCCAGGUCAUGGAGGAUGUCGGUGCUGACGAUCAGAUCUGGAUUUAUCAAGAGGGAUGCAUCAAAUGCAGGAUAGCCGAAGACUGCUGCCUGACGAUUGUGGGGAGCCUGGUCACCUCCGGCUCCAAGCUGGGCCUGUCCCUCGACCAGAAUGCUGAGAGUCAGUUCUGGAGCAUGAAGUCAGACGGCAGGAUCUACAGCAAGUUGAAGCCAAAUUUAGUUUUAGAUAUCAAAGGGGGUGCACAGUAUGAUCAAAAUCACAUUAUCCUGAACACCGCCAGCAAAGAGAAGUUAACACAAGUGUGGGAAGCCAUGGUCCUGUAAACCUGGACGAAGACCACGGGAGGAGUAUUUCUGCAGGUCUCCCAGCUACCUUAUUAUAAAAAACAAACCAAAAAAAGGACUGCUCACAGAAGAACCAAGAGGAAGCCGUGUGCUCCUUCAGUAACUACAUUCACUCUUGAAUCAUGCUGCCAGGACUGGGACAGUGGUCUCAUCUCCAAAAGAAUGUAAUAGUUUUAAACCAAUAAUUUCUUCUUCUUUCAUUUCUUGCCUUUCAUUUCCUUUCAGCAGCUGCUUAUAUAGGUUGCCUCAUUAGCAGCUUUGGGGUGUUUUUAAAAAAAUCUUAUCUCAAGAUGUUAGGACUACGUACAUUUUAAAUGAUUUCCAAAGACAGUGACAGGAGAGAACACGAACAAAUUCACCGACUUGGUGGACCUACAAAUCCCUUACACUUUAAAGGGAAGGGUAAAGGCUGAAGUCUGUAAGGUAGAAACUUUAGCACUUGAGAAGUAAUGUAUUAGGCCUAUAGUUUUGGUCCCUGAUCUUCUGUUUUCUGGAAUCAUAAUUAUGCUGUAUAGCAAAGAGAGAAAUUAUAUACUCAUAUUUUAAGGAACUGAAUGAGUAUAGACAAAACACUUUUCUGUUAAUAUUAAAAGUUAGUACAUUUAAAAGAUUUCAUGUCCUUGUCUACUUACACUUAUGAGCUGGAUUUAGAUUAUUUAACUCACCGUGGGCUGCCUUAAGACUGUCACAAAUGAGUGCUGUUUAAAGCUUUUCUUACAGAUGCUGCUGGAACAGUAUCACCACGACCUAAUUUAUUACCCAUCCCCACUCAUCUAUAACUAGUUCUGAAGCAAUGUUAUGCGAUCCUUUGCUAAACUCAGGUCAUUUAGCCUAAUUCCCUACCCUUUCUCCAGCUGCACUGGCAGGAGGCCUGCAUGGGGCUACCUUACCUGUAAUGUUCCACAGCCCUGCUCCGGGGAAAGCUCUGGUCUCAGGGUAUCGCAGCCCCUGUGGUCACUUACUUUGGGUGUGGAAGGCUCAGGAGGAUGACCAGCAAUUCUCUUCCAAAAGUAAAGGAAAGGAGGCUUUAAGCAAUGCUUGUUGGUCAAAUCUUAGAAUGCUGAAAACCCUAAAAUUCAGCAAGCAUUUCAGUGAAAGUUGAAAAUGUUUAACUGCUGAUGAUACACUGCCCACAUGGUGCUGCUCAAACAGUGCAUGCUCACUUUGAACAAAACUGCUGAACAAUCCUUGAAUGCCCUCUUCCUCUUUCUGUCCUCAUGUCAUUGUCCUCGUCACUGAAUGCUGGUGCUCUCAUCAGGGGAAGAACAAACCUCGUUUCCUUUUCUUCUGUUCCAGUGUGUCCCUCACUCUAAAGUGUCAGUCCUCUCUGAGUCUGUGGUAAGCAAUUAUGGUCAUCAGUGUGGUAUCUUCAGUUUUAAAGUGAUGCUUGUACGUGUCCAACAGCAGCCAGCACGUCCGUCUUGCCCUGAGGUGUGUGGCGCUGAUUUUCAGCCUUUGUGCAUCUCAUCCCAGUGUGGGGGCUAAGACAUCCUACAGCAGUCUCUGUUGGAGUCAUCCCAUGAAUAAACUUGUUUCUGGUUAACUGUGUUGAUGAAACUGAACAGAGUCCUUUCAGUAGCCCUCAUAACACUUCAGAGAGUCAGCUGGCAGAUUAGAAACAAGUGUCUGACUGGUUAGGACAAGGCAAGUUUCAGGGGUGCUGGCACAUGGCAGGGAAAGGUUGGCUGACUCUCCCCUUUCCUGACAGUGGUGAACCGGUCACUCCACUUUUCUGCGUGGACACAGGGAUGAGGCCCUGCCUUGAGUUUGCCCCACCCCGCCCCCUGGGAUCCCUCAAGGGAAAAUAGCUGAGACUGUUUCCAGCUAUUCUGAAAACAGUCUUUCUUGUGAGAUAAACCUGUAGUAGUGAGACCAGCAAUUCCAGAGAAAAGCCCUCAUCCAGCACACUACUACUGAGUGUCUAACAGGAUAAACCAAGUAGAAACCUACUCAAACAGGCCUACACCAAAAGCUAACCUCGAGUGUCUAGGGUGCAGUAACGAUGACUACAACAGGAGAGCGACACUCACCUUAAGUGAAUGAAGGGCAGGCUGGCUUCAAGAGCAGCCGCAGGCCUAUGGGUGAGACGCCUAAAUGCAGGCAUUUAAGGUCAGAAACGAGAACUGUGAGCCCCAGGGGAAUGGUGGAAAUUUCCAUGGAAAAGUCCUCACAGAGGCAUGUUUCACUUGUUGAAGGAGGUCUAGCCCUUAUGCAAAAUGUAAGGGUUUUAAAAGUAAGAAACUUUAGCAUCACUUUCAAUUUCUAAGAGUAACCAACCAAAUCAGGGCCAGAUGUUUAGGCCCUAAGAGGUUCAGAACUCAGAGGGCUGUUGUGACCACAGCAGAGCAGAAUACAAAUCAAAGGAAAUCUAGGGCCAUUAAAGAGGUGCUCACUGAUGAAUCUAGAAAGCGCUGGCCUUAGGUAAGCUCUCAUCCAUGCCGCCACUCAUCCAUAUCUCACUAACAUUAAAACAGUAAAAUCAGUCUUAGUGACUAGGACAGAAGCUGCCAUGAUUGGCAAAUCUGGUGUGAAAGAACAGCCUGGAAAAAAUAUGUAAUUGUCACUGACUUUAUAGACAAGUCUAAGUAUGGCCAUUUUCCUACCCCGUCUUACUUGUGUAUCCCUUGUGCUUGGCAGGGGACAGACGUCUCAGCAAACAGGAACUUGGGGAUGUAGGUGGGUAAUGUCAGAAAGCAUUCUGAGCAGGUAGAGUGAUGGCGAAGUGUGGUGGUGCAGCUACAAAAUCAAUCUCUGCCCUGCUCAGUUCAGAAAAUAAAAAAUUACUGGCAAAA